AUGUCGCGCCAGCAGGACCCCCCCCCCCACACACCCCCUCCUCAAUCGCCAGCCAAGCGUCGUCAGUCCACUUCCACGCCCCUCCACCGUCAGCCAAUCCACUUCCAUGCCCCUCCACCGCCAGCCAAUCCACUUCCAUGCCCCUCCUCCGCCAGCCAAUCCACUUCCACGCCUCUCCACCGCCAGCCAAUCCACUUCCACGCCUCUCCACCGCCAGCCAGUCCACUUCCACGCCUCUCCACCGCCAGCCAGUCCACUUCCACGCCUCUCCACCGCCAGCCAAUCCACUUCCACGCCUCUCCACCGCCAGCAAAACCACUUCCACGCCUCUCCACCGCCAGCCAGUCCACUUCCACGCCCCUCCACCGCCAGCCAGUCCACUUCCACGCCCCUCCACCGCCAGCCAAUCCACUUCCACGCCUCUCCACCGCAGCCAAUCCACUUCCACGCCUCUCCACCGCCAGCCAGUCCACUUCCACGCCCCUCCACCGCCAGCCAGUCUACUUCCACGCCUCUCCACCGCCAGCUAGUCCACUUCCACGCCCCUCCACCGACAGCCAGUCCACUUCCACGCCCCUCCACCGCCAGCCAGUCCACUUCCACGCCCCUCCACCGACAGUCAGUCCACUUCCACGCCCCUCCACCGCCAGCCAGUCCACUUCCACGCCUCUCCACCGUCAGCCAGUCCACUUCCACGCCCCUCCACCGCCAGCCAGUCCACUUCCACGCCCCUCCACCGCCAGCCAGUCCACUUCCACGCCCCUCCACCGUCAGCCAGUCCACUUCCACGCCCCUCCACCGCCAGCCAAUCCACUUCCACGCCCCUCCACCGCCAGCCAGUCCACUUCCACGCCCCUCCACCGCCAGCCAGUCCACUUCCACGCCCCUCCACUGCCAGCCAAUCCACUUCCACGCCUCUCCACCGCCAGCCAAUCCACUUCCACGCCCCUCCACCGCCAGCCAGUCCACUUCCACGCCCCUCCACCGCCAGCCAAUCCACUCCCACGCCUCUCCACCGCCAGCCAGUCCACUUCCACGCCCCUCCACCGCCAGCCAGUCCACUUCCACGCCCCUCCACCGCCAGCCAAUCCACUUCCACGCCUCUCCACCGCCAGCCAGUCCACUUCCACGCCCCUCCACCGCCAGCCAAUCCACUUCCACGCCUCUCCACCGCCAGCCAGUCCACUUCCACGCCCCUCCACCGCCAGCCAGUCCACUUCCACGCCCCUCCACCGCCAGCAGGUCCACUUCCACGCCUCUCCACCGCCAGCCAAUCCACUUCCACGCCUCUCCACCGCCAGCCAGUCCACUUCCACGCCCCUCCACCGCCAGCCAGUCCACUUCCACGCCCCUCCACCGCCAGCCAGUCCACUUCCACGCCUCUCCACCGUCAGCCAGUCCACUUCCACGCCCCUCCACCGCCAGCCAAUCCACUUCCACGCCCCUCCACCGCCAGCCAGUCCACUUCCACGCCCCUCCACUGCCAGCCAAUCCACUUCCACGCCUCUCCACCGUCAGCCAGUCCACUUCCACGCCCCUCCAUUCCACAAGCCUCUCCGGACCAAGGCUGGCUGCCGCCUCUGA